AUGAGCAGGAGCAAGACGUCGUUUUCGUACUCCGCCGGGCAGCCCGAGGUCAAGGGGCAGCGCCGGUCUCUGCCGACGGCACACUUGAGCGGUCUGAUCUUCGAUGUAUUCAGUAACGGCAAUAAUGCUGCAGAGCAGCGGUGGCAACGGCGACUGCGAGUGUGUGCCUUACAACCAAUGCCAGAACAGCACCAUCCUCGAGAACGGAGUCGUGGACCGUACGACAACUACCUCGACGUCUGCUGUGCUCCACCUGACGUGACCCAAGAGAAGAUCAUCCCCAAGCCGACUGUGCGCAAAGGCUGCGGUCAGCGCAAUCCCGAGGGUGUUUGUUUCCGUAUAACCUGUGCCAAGGACAACGAAGCCCAAUUUGGAAAGUUACCAUGGAUGGUUGCGACCUUCAAGGACGAAGCCGUCGGUGGAAAGCCCGAGAAACUCAACGUCUACCAGUGUGGUGGUACUCUCAUUCACCCCAGGGUCGUCCUUACCGCUGGACACUCAAUAAUGAGGUAA